UGACGUGUUCUGUUUACCUCAGGGUCACCUGUUCGUCAUUUUAUAAUCUAGGUCGUUAUGAAAGCCACAGCUGCCAGUUGAACAGAGACGUGAAUGUCGUCAAAGUCCCAUGUGAAAGAUACUGGUCCUUAGAGUCAUGUCUCUGUCCAAGAUCCUAACGGAAGAUUUCUUAACGUGCAGCAUAUGCCUUGGAAAGUUCAAAAACCCCAAGGUCCUCGGCUGUACACAUACGUUUUGCCAGCAUUGCCUCCAAGACCAUUUGGACAGAAAUUUUCAAGGUCAGUCUGGCUUCCCUUGUCCUAUCUGUAGGCGUCAAUGUGACCUCCCUGGGGGCGGUGUAAAUGGUUUACAAACAAACCAUCUUCUGGUCAGCAUAUCACACACACUUGGUCAAGUAGAAAAAGCCAAGGCUGCUAAGAAAUGUAAAGUGUGUUGUCUGAAAAAUGUCCUCAAUCCACCCACGGCAAGGAAAGUAUGGACUGCAAGGAAAGUAUGUGUGAAGCUUGUUCUUCAGACCAACUGCUUCAUAAAACACCAGGGGCACAAUUGCCUAAGAAUCAACAUUGCUGCUGACAAACGCAAGGAAAAACUAAAAUUCCACGUGAAGCCCAUCGAGAAGAAAAGUCUUCUCUUCGAUCAGUUCAAAACCGCUGCUGAGGACCAGAAAGCAUCAGUAGAAGAAGGAAGAAAGACAGCAAAGUCUCAAUAUUUUUGUAAGGAUAAGGCACGGAAUAGGAUCCACAUCUACGACAACAACUUUGUCCUACAAGACACGAUUCCUAACCCAAGAGCAGCAGAAAAGGACCCCUUUGCCGGGAUUGCCAUUGAUGAUGACGGUAACAUCGUCACUAGAUGUCAGGGAUCAAAUGAAAUCAUUGCCUUCACCAAAACAGGGGACCAAGUCAGAUCAUUCCACAGUAAGUCACCACAUGCAGUAGCGGUCAACAGCAAGGGUCAUUAUGUUGUAGCCGGUUUCAAUACCCUGACUGUGCACCACAAGGAUGGCAAGGUCCUGAAGACGGCACCAGACCCAGAGGGUAAAUAUACCAAACACAUCCACUGUGACGUGAAUGAUGGCGCCAUAGUUUCAGAUCCAGCAUCUCAUCACAUCGUUGUCUACGAUUCCACUCUCCAGCUCAAAUACAGAUAUGGUACCCAGGGUGCUGGGGAUGGACAGGUGGGCAGGCCGUGCGGCACGUGCUGCUUGGAUAAUGGAGACAUAAUUGUAACAGACCCCGGCAACUACCGUCUACACCUGGUGUCAUCAGAUGGGGAAUUCAAGCAGAUUCUUUUAAGCAAAGAAGAUGGAAUUCGCGUUCCUGUAGAUGUAGUACUGAAUCGUUUUGGACAACUGGUAGUCGGGGAAGAGAGAGGUGGGAUUAAAGUUUUCCAGUUAUGACUCAUGAUAUCAAACUAACAAUGGACACCGAUUAUAUGAUUGAUAAUACAAAAGACUAAAUCGAUUCUUACUUACAAUGUAAUGUCAGCCGGCCUCGUGUAAAACUUAUGAGACGUGGACCAUAAACGUUUUGUUUCAGUAUAAUUCCUCGGCCCAUUGGUUGCAUAUCCUUUAAGGGCGAAAAUUGUUAUCUGUAACUAAACAGGCAUAUGAUAUCACAGAAUAUUGUAAAUCUGUAUUUGUGCACCACGCAUAUUGUUGUAAUAAAAACAUUAAUUGUUACCUGGUUAUACUGGAAAUGACUGAAAAAAAUUAGCAUCUGUAAUUUUUGGGAAAGAAGAAAUAUGUCAAAGCAACUGGAUUCUGAAUAUGUCAAUGUUUAUACUGUUACAAGUAUCACUCCUCUAUUAUUUUUUUCAGUUUUAGAGAAUUGUUUCCCCUGUAAAAUAAUCUACUGUAUUGAUGUUUAAAAUUAUUUUCUUUAUGUAUUUACACUGUUGCAAUGCAUGUAUCAUUCUGAGAGGACAGAGAGGCGUUUGUUAUAAAUUGUUCGAAUGGGAAAAUUUAAUUGAAAAGUUAAUUGUUUAAUCAAUCUAUAUCUCAUUAAUUAAAUUAUCAAUAUAACAUUUUUCAAAUAUUAAUAUAUUGUUGCAUUCUCAAUCUGAAUAUUUGUAAUUGUUGUCUGUGUGUAAAUU